CGCGCCUGCGUUUGCUAUUAUACUGUAUUUUAUACUUACGUUCAAGCCUGAGGCGCAUUAAACGCUGCGAGCUAAAUGUUUUAAAUUGACGCGCAGCGGCGCAUAGCGCCAAUUGUACUCGAACAGAGGAGUCGAUCGCGCACAAGCUCUCGCGAGAACAAACAAUAAAAAUAAAAUGUCGCUGCUGCAAGCCAUCAAAUGGAGCGAGGGCCGACUGCAGAUUCUCGAUCAACUGCUGCUGCCCCAUGUCACCAAGUACAUCGAGAUCGGUUCAGUUCAGGAUGGAUACGACGCGAUCAAAAAUAUGCAGGUUCGAGGAGCUCCUGCGAUCGCAAUCGUCGGAUGCUUGAGUUUGGUGGUCGAAAUUCAGCACAAGUCUUACGCAGAUAAAAAGGCUUUACUUCACGAUAUCAAGGAAAAAUUGGAAUACCUUGUGACAGCAAGGCCAACUGCUGUAAAUAUCAAGCUUGCAGCUGAUGAACUCAUAACUCUUACUACCAAAGUGAGCAACUUAGAGACCAGCGUUUCUGAUAUGAAAGAAAGAAUCAUUACUAGAAUUGUUUCGAUGCUGGAAAAGGAUCUAGCGGAUAACAUGGCCAUUGGUAAUCAUGGAGCUUCUGAAAUAAUGAGGACACAUCCAAAAGAAAGUCAAUUGAGAAUCAUCACUCACUGCAAUACUGGCAGUUUAGCUACUUCUGGAUACGGCACUGCUUUGGGAGUAAUUAGAUCUCUCCACAACAGUAACCGAUUAGAACAAGUUUACUGCACUGAAACAAGACCUUACAAUCAAGGUGCCAGAUUAACAGCAUAUGAAUUGGUACAUGAUAACAUCCCAAGCACUCUCAUCUGCGAUGAUAUGGUCGCAUCGCUUAUGAAACAAAAAAAUAUAUCUGCUGUUGUUGUCGGAGCUGAUAGAGUUGCAAGGAAUGGCGACACAGCCAAUAAAAUUGGAACUUAUCAGAUUGCUGUAUUAGCAAAAUAUCAUAAGGUCCCUUUUUACAUUGCUGCUCCCUUUACUACUAUUGAUUUCUCAAUAACAAGCGGUGAUGAUAUAAAAAUAGAGGAAAGACCACAAAGCGAAUUAACUCAUAUUAACGGUAUAAGAAUCGCUGCUGAUGGAAUAAACUGUUGGAAUCCUGCAUUUGAUGUAACUCCAGCGGAACUUAUUACGGGUAUUAUCACAGAGAAAAAAGUGUACAAACCAAGUGAACUUACAAAUCUAAGGGCGAAAGAAUAAUUUUUUAUUUAAUUUUAUAAUAAUGUUUUGAAAACAUGUGAAUCUUGAUAUAUGUGAUAAAAUUGUGCUUUAAAACUAAGUAUUACAAUUAUGCUGAAGUAAAAAGUGAAUUUUAACUCAAUAAUUAAACAAAAACUAAACAAA